AUGAGGGAACUAGACCCUCUCGUUUCGGAAUAUCAGCAUGAAAAACACCGGCCCCGUGAAGCAGAAGCUCUAACAACGUUGCGGAAAGUUGUUUCUAUGGUUAAGCCAAUUAUGCGGCAGCGGAUGUGGAGAGUCGGGACACUGUGUGAGUUCUACCCUUCAACUCAAAAUCUACUCGGGUUGAACGUGAACCACGGGGAGAGGAUAUGCCUUCGGUUAAGGCAACCGUAUGAUGAAAGGCAGUUUCUUCCGAUAGAACAGGUAGUUGACACAAUGCUUCAUGAGCUGUGUCAUAUAGUUCAUGGCCCUCAUGAUCAAAAAUUCCAUGCUCUAUGGAAUCAACUGCGGGAUGAACACGAGCAACUUCUAAGUAAGGGUUAUACCGGAGAAGGAUUCCUGUCUGCUGGCAAACGAUUGGGUGGCAGUCGGAUACCGAUGGACGAAGCUCGCCGAGUUGCGCGAGCCGCCGCAGAAAAGCGCCGUCUAUUAACUUCUGGCUCUGGUAGAAAGUUAGGAGGUGUAUCAAUUCUUCCUGGAGCAGAUACGCGAAGGGUACUUGCUGAUGCAGCUGAGAGGCGAAUAACUGUCACAAAAGGCUGUGCAAGCAGGACUACUGAAUGCAACAAGCUUGCGGAAGAAGCCGCUCGAAAUGGUUUUCGAACAAAGGCCGAAAUGGAGGAUGCAAAUGAGAAGGCCAUAAUGGAAGCAUACAUCGACCUUAUUCAGCAAGAGGAGAGGGAGCAGUAUGGUGAUUCAUAUACGCCUCCCGGUGCAUCAAAUCCUGCCGGACCUCGAGCUUCAUCAUCAUCUUCGACACCACCUCCUUCAAUAUCUUCUAAGUCUCAACAGCUAGGCAGCAUUGCUGGCUCAUCGAGCACGGAUAUUGAUGGCUCUUGGCCGUGUUCUCUUUGUACUUUUGUCAACCGGCCUCUUUUUCUUGCCUGUGAGGUAUGCUCUACUGAACGUUGUCAGAAAACAGCCUCGCCCCCUCCUUCCAGGCCGAAUCACAGGAUAGUUCUAGAAAAGAACACUGGCAAACCAACCUCUUCCUUCACGAGAGACGGCCCAACUAAAUCCCGGAAGUCUGCGGUUCAGGCUAUAGUUGAUCUAGAAAAGAAUAAACAGCCACCAUCAAAGCGGUCUCUUGGAUGGAUUUGUCAUUGCUGCGGAGCCUUCAUGGAAUCUCAGUGGUGGACAUGUUCCGCCUGUGGAACUAUGAAGCUAUCAGACUGA